GGGCUCGGGCUCUAAACAAACAUUGGGAAAGAAAGCCAGACUCAAGUUUUGGGCGUACCGUUCUCGAUGCUCUCUUCACGCGCUUCCCGUCACUCUAUUUUGCUCUCGGUGCUUUCCUAAUUUAGUUCGUUGUAAAUUUCUAUCGCUCCUAGACGCAAAAAUAGUUCAAAACUCGAUGGGAGUAUUGCGUCUCCGCACAUCCUCUGACCUUAUUCCCUAGUCGGUUUUGCCGUUUUCUUAAUCCACGGUGGACUAAAUGAGUAUCUUCGGUCCGAAAUUCGUCUUGCUUUUUUAACGUUGAUUUAUUUAUUUGACAUUUCAACAGAGCCUCUCGGCUUCCUUCAAUUUUCUGACAAUCCUUGGAGUUCAUUGUUUGUAUAGUGAGGAGGUUAUGUUCACAGUUCUGUUGAUGACACCCUAGUGAUACGUAGGAGCAUCUUUUUAAAAUGUAGUAAUGCGGUAGUGAGAGGUUGCUAACCUUUUUAAAUGGAGUGCUUUCCUUUAACUUCUAUCAAUAUUGCAUAGCAAGAUGAAUAUUUGUUUUUAUAUAAUGCUUGUGCCUGAUUGAGUAAUUUACGAUGCUUGAGGGGCAUGAGAGUCGCUCAUGCAACUGAACUCUCUGAAGGUGGUGUCAGACCACUUAGUGGAGCGUCUGAGAUUAGAUGGUCGUGAUCAAGUCAAGGAUCCGGCUUCUACCCCCGGUCAUAUUGUCUUGAAAGAAGAGCCUGACGAGGGUGAAGAGCUGCGUCAGUCUUUAUAUCACUCUCUGCAGUCUAAAGUGGAUCUCAACAUGAACAGCAAUAAUUUCAUGUAUCGGACAAUGUUCCUGCUGAGUGAUAGUCUACAGCCAAACACUCCACAACAUAAUAGACCAAUUGUGUCUACAGCUAAAAAGGCUCCUACUUCUUAUAGCAAUGUGUGCGACAAAGGGUGCCAAUGUGAGGGACCCAACUCCCUCUUUUGUGGAAGUGCUAAUCCUCUCAUGUUUUCGAAUCCCGAGGGGGCCAAGACUAGUAAUAGCAUAAACCCAAAACACCUCAUGUCAUCGUAUGGGCCAAUUCAAAUUUCAGCAAAUGAUGAGAACGACUUUUCCCUAAAGAAGAAUGUUGCUACCCUGAUAACCCCCCCAACAUUGAAUUCUGUGACUCCGUCUCAUCCUCCUGGAAAUUCUAGUGACAUGCACAACCCAGUUGCAAAUUCCCCUUCAAGUGAUAAAGUUGCGAAGGAACGGCCUCACACAUGUGAAGAUUGUGGAAAAACAUUCCUUCUUAAACACCACCUUGUGACCCAUGCUAGAGUUCAUUCUGGUGAAAGACCUCAUGCCUGCCCCCAUUGUGGGAAAAGUUUUGCUCACAAGCACUGUCUCAGUACUCAUCUACUGCUGCACACUUCCGAGCGACCUUACACCUGCCAAGAAUGUAACAAAUCCUUCACACUGAAGCAUCAUUUGGUGACUCAUGCUCGAGUUCACAGUAGGGAUCGUCCAUUUGUUUGUCAAGAAUGUGGGCGCACAUUUCCACAGAAGAGGCAUCUUGUAACCCAUGGGAAGUUUCACUCUGGUGAGAGACCAUUUGUGUGCCCAGAGUGUGGUGAAUCAUUUUCACAGGAGGAACAUCUCAUCAUGCACUCAAGAUUUCAUGGAGGCCAGCGUCCCUACAGUUGCCAAGAUUGUGGUGUAUCUUUUGCUCGGAAAUUUGAACUAGUGAACCAUGGACGUAUCCAUGGCAGAGUUCCCCAUUCAUGUGCAGUUUGUGGAAAAGAAUUCCUUCAAAAACGCACAUUAUUGGCUCAUUCUCGUUUACACACGGCUUCUGAAGAAACGGAACAUCCCUACUCUUGCAUUCACUGUGGAGAAGCAUUCACCGCUAAAUCUGCUCUGGCAGCUCACACCUGUGGAGACAAAGAGAAGAACUUUGUUUGUCGAGAAUGUGGCAAUGGUUUUUCAAGUCGAGAGGGUCUGUCCUUACACUUGAGAUUGCACGCGGGUGAUCGAAGUUUUGUGACUGACUUGUGCAGCUUGGCGGCUGCGUUCCAGCACCAACAGCCGGGAUUGACCCAGUUGUUCAGUCCUGGUCAGGGAGGCUCAGGAGCAAACCAAGGAUCAGGCCCUCAGGGCCAGCCGGGUCACGCGCAACCCCAGGGCAGCCAGUCGCAAACCCCUUCCCAGUCCCAGACCCCGCAACCGCAGGGAGCGCCGCCAACCCAGUCUCAGGCCCCGCAUGCCGGGCACGUGCACAACCACGGUGUGCAUGGACACGGCAAUCAUCACAUGAAGGGUGGGAGACCAAACCAUUUGCAUAGUCACAGUGGAAUUGUCCCCAAGCCCAAGCCACAUGUGUGUCAAGAUUGUGGUCGAGCGUUCACUCAAAAGCAUGGACUCUUGCAGCACAAUAAGAGAUACACUAAUGGUGGUUGUGAAAUUCGUCGGUUUGCUUGCGACAAGUGUGGGAAAGCUUUCCUUCAAAAGAAUCACUUGGUGCUGCAUGAACGGCAACACUUAGAACCUCACCAAAGAAGUGCUGGAGGGCAAGCUGCUGCUCAGGCCCAGGCUCAAGCAGCUCAGGUUCAGGUUCAGCAACAAAAUCCCCCCCACGGCAAUCUUUCCCAGCCGACUCAACCCCAGCAGCAACAGCAGCAGCCACAGCAGCAACCCCCAACUCAAAAUCACCAGCAGCAACCGCACCCUCAGGCAGCUGGCGGCGAGCGCCACUACAUGGAUCACAGCCAAGCAUCUGUGAUUGAGCUGGUGGAACACAAAGCAUUUGUUCAUCCUUUGCAGCAGCAGUAGUAAGGGUUCAUUUCAUGUCUUGAUUGUGCCAUUACAGUGAGUCAAAGUCAAAACAUAAUAUUACUGUAUAUCUGUAUCUAUCCAUUACAUGUUAUUUUCCAGUGCUCUUUACUAUUUAUCAAACCGCUGAUUAAUAUUUUGAUGUAUGUUAUUUACUUUUCUCUUUGUUACUUGGCUUGAUUUUCUCUCUUUCAAGUUCAAGUGCAGUACAAAUUUUAUUACUAAACAUUGGUGUGUAUUGUCAGCGUACUCGCCCGUUUCCCUAGUACAAAGUGAACUGAAUGAGCACAUUUGUCUGGUUGGAACAUGUUACCACUUGCUUGAUUGUUGCAUCUAACCGUACAUUUAAAAGAAAAUGAUUUAUCAUUCUGUUAUUGAUUUUAUACUUUUUAAGUUGUAAAUUUCUUUUUGUCAAAUUUAUUUAAAAGUCUAUGUUUUUGUGAUGUGUCUGUGCAGUCACAAUUGACUUCAACAUUUUACUCACAUGACUUCUUGUAUUCCUUGAUUUUCCUUUUGUCUGUGCUCCUGUAGUGUGUUUGAAAAAAAUUGCAAACAAUCUUUAUCCAUAGUUUUCUGUAGAAUAUAAUUUAUUUAUAAUAUAUUUUAUCUGCUGUCUCACAGCUGUGUUUCUGUGUCAAUACGUAAGAACAUUGCUGAUAACUUCCGCCUUCAAUCCAGUUCACCUUUAAGAAUGUUUAGUUUCUAGAACUAAGGGAACCGAAGAAAAUGCCAGCUCCAAUGGACACUUAGAUUUGGACUAAAUUGUUAAAUGCUAGUUUGUGUGUUGAAAAAUCCAAUGAAAGUAGUUAAUGGUAUGCUCAUGUCUCAGGAACCUAUGCAAGGGUGUUCCCUCUGAUUUUCUUAGUGAAAUUUGUAGAGUGCAAUAUCCCCCUCAUUUUGGAGGUCGUAAUAGAUUCCUUGUCCGUAUGAAAAACAAACUUAGCAUUUUAGUGUUUGUGAGCUAAAAAGACCAUGGAGCACUACUUUUAUGUACUAGAAUACAUAUUUUGGCGGGUUUUUGGUGUUGUAUGUCCCAUGAAUUUUUUUUCUUUGGAUAAUGGUUUGUGGAAAGUCACAGUGACUGUGGCUAAUCUUACGGUUUUGGUAACCAUCUGCUCUGUGAAAGGAAAGGGUUUCUCAUUUAAGCAUAUGUUCAAGAACUGUUUAUACCCUAUCCUUGCCAUGAGAAUUGGGACCUUCAAUGUAUGAUUAAUUCCUCCUCCUCUGCAGUACUUUAUUUUUAAAAGAAACAUCAAAAUAGGUUAUCAAUGUUAACAGCUUUAAAAGAAAUGCGAAAUUUGAUAAAUCUGAUGAACUCUAGUGUUUCAUGUUUGUGAUAAUUAGUUUGAGUUUGUUUGGCGUUAAUAUUUUUUCCUCGAGUUUUCACUUCAGUUUCAAGUGCAAUGUACUUAAUGUUAAUGUGACUUGUCAUGAGACUCUUUUGUCAAAAUAUCCAGUAAGAAAUAUUAUGUAUUACUAUCUUGUGCAUAAUGGUCGUUCAUUGUCCUUUGAUACUUGUGAGUGUUUUUACAGGGGUACAGAUACAUCUACUUAGCUAAUCAAAAAGAAAUUUGUGUUGCUGAUGAAAUGCAAAUUAGAUGAAGAGGUGACAAAUAUUAUUUCAUUUUAUUUAAGUGUUGCACAGCUUAUUUGCACCUCAGGCAAAUCUGCACUUAUGAGAAACAGACCAAUCAUAUUGCAACACAAGAGUUGCUUUGUGGGUGUCGACAAGGUUGAACAGUACUUAAUUUAGAAGAUGCCCUGUUUCUUUGCAGUCAGCGGUAUUUUUCAGUUAGAAAUUCUCAGUUUUUUUCACAUGUGUUUCCCUCAUUCUGGCAAAUUUAAUUUGAUCACUGAACUGACACUUUAUUUUGUCUUUCCAAAACGUAUGCCCUCUUGCCUAGGAGUUAAAAUAUUGUACAAUGUGAGAUACAAUCAAAACUAAUUAUAGCUAAGGAUCAUGAGGAAGUUCAAAACUGAGAUUUUAUUAAUUGGAAAUAACGCUUACACACUAUCAAAGCAAUAGUUUUUAACAUGAUGCCUUGGAUGAUCUGGUUAUGGCCAAACUGAGUGGGAAAAGUGUUCCCAUUUACUGCUACAAUGAAGCUGUUUUAAGAAGUUAAGUUUCUUUUCUUCCCCAUUCUUUCUGUCUCUGAGGGAAAGUCUGCAUAAUUUAGACCAUAUUCAAACCCAACAAGACAUGUUAGUUCUUGUAAGAACCCUUAACUCUCUGUUGUUGACUUUGUAAAAGAAUUUUCACAUAAUUUAUUAAUAAAGUGGCUAUUGUAGAAAUAAUUUAAUCCUAUAUAGCUUUGUUGAUCCGUUACAAGCAAAUUUUGAACUAGGGUUACUAUGUUUUGUCAAUUUUAAGAAUAUUCCUCAAACUUGGAAUGGUUUCUUAGCAUUUUUGAACCGUGAACUCUUUUUUUUUUUUUUUAAAUAAAAAACCUGGUCUGAAUUCCUUUUACUGGAAGAGUUAGAUUGUUUAGCCUUAUUCUGUUUAUACAUUCUGGCUACAUUUAUCUACCUGUCUUUUCUGUGCGGAUUGAUUUGAACUGUUUGCUAUUUCUGGUAACAAGACUUAGUGUUUAAGAUGUCACAGUAUAUGAAGCCCUUUUAUAGAAUUAACUCUGAUCUCUAUUUUGUUUAGUGGUACCUUUAAGCAUUGCUCUAACACAACCAUCUUCUGUUUUAUCUUUCUUGCCUGCAUAAGUAAAUCAAAGUUCUGUGACCUAAUUGAAUGUUAAGAUUCGCAAUCAAUGAAAAUUACAAAUGUUGAUGUUUACUCAUCAUUAUUUAACUUUGGGAAAACUAUAGGAAAAUUUUACUUUACACUUAAUAAAUUGCUUCUGGCCUUUGUUGUUACCCUUUGCUGUGCAAAUAUAUGCUUGUUCGCGUGUACCAAGAGUGAAAGGGAUUUGUAAUAAAUUUAGUUUGCAGAACUUAAAGUACUUGCAACAUAAGGAUUGUUACGUGUCAUCCUGCUUCACUUGUGAUUCUGUACUGAGCACUUGUGUGUCUGGGAAUGUUUGCAUUACACUUUUGUAAAAUGUAAUAAUUAUUAUAAAAAGUUACUAACCUAAAUUUUGAGAGAGACUUUAUGAGUACAUUUGUAUAAGCAGUAUUGUUUUGUUCGAGGAUAUUGAUGUGCAUAAAUACACAUUUGUAAAUACAGAUUACAUAAGUUAUGUUAAAGCAUAGGUUUAUGAAUGUAUACAUUGUCGAGAAAUAGUUUAAUACAAUAAAUAUGUGCUAUGCCGGUCUUAUA